UAUUACAAUUUACAAUAUUAUCAUCUUUAUGCUUUUGUCCCUCGUCCUCUGUGUGUAGUGUCCACAGUGGGCUUUGGGCUGGUGCUGGACAUGGGCUUUGUGGAGACUCUGAAGCUGCUGCUGUGGGUGGUGUUCAUAGACUGCAUCGGCGUGGGUCUSCUCAUCUCCACACUCAUGUGGUUCAUCACCAAUAAGUACCUGCUGAAGCCGCCCAGUAAGGACUAUGAUGUAGAGUGGGGCUACGCAUUCGAUGUGCAUCUCAAUGCCUUCUACCCCCUGCUUGUCAUCCUGCACUUCCUACAGCUCUUCUUUAUAAACCAUAUCGUAGUGAUAAACUCAGACUGGUUCCUGGGGUACUUUGUAGGGAACAGUCUGUGGCUGACAGCCAUCAGCUACUAUCUAUACAUCACAUUCCUGGGAUACAACGGUGAGGCCCCCUAUAACAGUUUUAUCAAAUCUUUUUUUAUAACUAAACCAAGAUAGACCACAGCCUGUCGU